CCUGGGGCGCGCUGGACCCGGCGCUGGUCGCCGAGGGCCUGUUCGCCGUCGGCACCGUCAUGGCGUUCGGCCGCCUGCUGCUGCUCUGCAACUUCAGCUACUACCUGGGCCCGCUGCAGGUUUCGUUCAUAAAAAUGGGAAAAGACGUUGCGAAAUAUGCUGUUAUAUUGGCGUUGAUUAUCUUCUCCUUCACUGCAGGCCUCGGCAGGCUGUACCAGUACUACGACGGGAUGGUGCAAGUGGACCCCAGCACCGGCGACAAGGUCCAGCAGGUCAGCUCGUUCGUGGGCCCGCUGAGCACGGCCAGGACCCUGUUCUGGGCGCUGUUCUGCAUGUCGCCGCUGGAGAGCACUGACGUCGUCAUCGAGAACCGGGCACGCGGCGCCGUCAACACGCACGGCUUCACGCAGGCCGUGGGCGCGCUCUGUUUUGCAGUGUUCCACGUGAUCUGCGUGGUGCUGGUGCUGAACAUGCUGGUGUCCUCGACCACCAACACGCUGCAGAAGGUCAUCGACAACGUCAACGUCGAGUGGACCUACAGCCUCACCGAGGUCCAGCUGAACUACCUGGCGCAGAGCACUCUGCCGCCGCCUCUGAACCUCAUCCCGACCGUCUCGGGCUACCGUUUCGUGUCGGAGUGGAUUCGCUACCUCGUGGCUCCUCCAGGCACCAAGAGGAACAAGUGGUCACUCAUGUACUGCUGCUACAAGGACCACGCGCAUGAAAAAUGCGCAGAGAAGAACUUCCCAAUCGUCAUGUCUCAGUUAGUGCAGCGCUACUUCAGAGAGAAGGAACAGAAGUCGGAAGAAAACAACCACAUCAGCCAGCUGGACAGCUUGCGCAAGGAGUUGCUGGAAUGCAAGACUGCCGUGCGCCGGCUAAUGGAAGAAAAUACGCAGACGGACACAGUCGUUCCCUGAACGAGUUAUUUUUUACUCUGCCUGUAUAUACA